GCCAAUUAGAGCCUGCCCCUCCUGACAUUGGCGGGGCGGCGGGCAGCAACGGUUCCCGCUCGUCGUCUGUCGCGUGUUAAACAUUGAACGCGCCUUCCCGCACGGCACAUCAAGUCCUGGGUGGUUGACCUGAGUCUGGAAAAGCCAACUUCUCAUUCAUUUUCUGGGUCUGGGCAGCCGAGUCGGUGCCUGCUGCGGCUUCCGACUUAACGACGACCGCUAUGGCCCCUUCCGACCGCUCCCCAACACGACGCCCAACGCCACUUUGCCGAUUUUCCGUGUAGUCUGCACCUUGCAGAGUAGCCACGGAACCAAAGCAUGGCCUCGGUCACUUCGCUCGGGGUGCAUCAGCCCAUCGGUCUGCGACAUGCAAUUGAGGAAGGCAUCCUGCCCCCAAACCCCCCAGCGUCCACGUAUACCUGGGAGGUAACAGUCAGCAACGAAGACGGCUGCGAGCAUGAAGACGAGUUGCUUACCACCGACAGCGCUGUCGUGUGGUCCCGAGGGGGGCUUUUCAGGAAGACUUUCCGGUUCGAGCUCGAGAAGGAAUCCGUCACGCAGGCCCUCCUCGCCUACUUCCCAGCCGCUGCAGACGAGCCCGGAGCCGACCCGGCAGCCAAUGGUCACGCCGACGAUCGGGCCGAGAAGAAGAGGCCUGCGCUUUCGAGAGCCUUGGUCGUCUUCCUCAAGACGCGUGCGCACAUCUACUUUCUCUCUGGCACAAGCCAUGUCGUCCACAUGCCCUUCGAGGUCGAGUCGGCAUGCGCCGGACCCCGCGGCGUCAUUAUCCAGCGCAAGCCGCGAGUUGAUGGCACGUCUGUCGCAUUGAAACUGCCGAAAGUGCCCCCUGCCUCGUUUGUCUCGUCGCAACCACUUUCCGCCCCCCAACGCAACCGCGAUCGGAGCUUCACCGAGUUCUCGACCGAAGGCUUGGGGAACCUCAGAGUUCUCCCGCUAAGAACGAGCUUGACUUUGGAGAAUAUGUGGCAGCAACCCAUCGAGACGCCGGACAGCCAUUGGCCUCGUCUCGUCUGCCUGACAGAUCCUUUGCUUGAGAUUGGGUUGGUGGUGACUCAUUCUGAUACGCAAAAGGCCGGAAAAGUUCGAAAGGCUGCCACUGGGCCUCUGUUUUUAGCUCGAUCCGAAGAGAUCCUCCACAUCGAGACUGUGAAGAUCCCGAGCACAUUCGAAGCGGGUUCAGCUGAGCUCACCAUUGCCGUCACGGUCAACCGGGAAGCAAGCACGUACACCAUUUGGCAGCUUACCUACCUCGAGAACCAAGAUCCGUUCUUCGGCUCUCAAACUAAGAAAAAGCCCAGGCCAACUCGUCGGCGGAGCUCCAUGGCGCCAGGACUGGCAAGCGGCGCUGCCACUCCUGUUCACGCGUCAACGAGGGAGAGCUUCGGGGCACCCCUGCCCGGCAAGAAGACGAGAAAAAGCGGCAAGGUCGACGAGAAGGACAAUGCGCUCGAGAAGGCACUGAGCUCUCUUGACCCAGGAAAGGGCAAUGAUGCUACGCGCCGUCAAUCCCGACGAGUGAGCUCCCUCCUAGCCCGAGCUGACCUAUCUGCGUCCCAAGACCGGGCAACGUUUGCCGAGCAAUCCAUGCAUGCCGGCCACGGGGGCAGGCGGGUAGACUCGCACGGCAGCCAGCGGCCGCGGCUGAGCAGCGGCUACGGCGGGCCGAGCUUUGGGGGACCGUUCAACUUCAAUCGUAGUGUCAGCCAGCUCCCGGAGGCGCCGGUUGACGACCUCCUCGAAGAACUGCGUGCCGGGGGAGACUUUGAAGGAUUCCACAAUAUGGGUCUAGACGACCAUGACUUCGACGGCCUCGCCCACGAGGUACUGCUCACCAAGAUCCAAAGCGUCAGCAUGGAGAACUCAAACGUGCGGUAUUCGCUGUCCAGCAAGCCUGCCAGAACGCAGGCCAAAGUAUUCAUCCUCGCUGGACCUUCAACCGCGACGGACGACCACGGCCGUGCGCUGCUUUUGGUCGCCAUUCAGGACCCGGUCGAUAAAAGGUUACAACUCCUCACCCUUCACAUCGAGAUUCAUGAAGACCAGACUCCGCCCAAAACCAAUAAGAAUGCGCCUCAGCAUUGGAGCGCCAUCAACGUCAUCGCCGGUGAACCUAGGAGGGUUCAGAGCGUUGUUGAUUCAUGCAAAAUCUCUGAUGGGAGCGAAUCCAUCCUGGUUCUCUCCGAAGACCAGACCGGCGAGAGAGCGCUCAGCUUGCAGUCGCCGUGGGGCAAAGUUGUAACCGUGUCCCCGCCCUUGCUGUUCGAGGAUAACGUCAGCAGUCUCGAGUAUCGUGGCGGCCUCAAACCCGACGGAGCCGGCCUCGCAUGGCCUGCUGCUGGUCUAGACAUCUCCGGGACCCAAAUUGACUCGCUCUGCCACCCCAGCUCCCGCGGGGUGGUGGACCUCCGGGACAGAGAGGGAAGAUUCCAUCGCAUUAGAAUCCAGCUGCAGCCCUCGUCCCCGCAGGUGCGCGCGGUCCUCGAUGUGUGCCGGAGUGUUCUCCACGCCUCGUGUGCGGACAGGAUGGUUGCUGGUUGGUGCCAUGUCGUGCAGUGGCUCCGAGACGCAAGGCUUCGAGGACUGGAGCAGCCGAUUGCCGAUAUGGAGUGGUCAGCCGUGACGGUUCUGCUCCUGGCCUGCUUCCUGGCUCUAGGGCACAAUAGCGAAACUUCGUUGCGGACACUUGGCGCUGAGCCCGUGACAACAGCAACCGCGAAGAACAAGUGGGAACUAGUGCAGUUGCGGGAAUCCCCCAACUCGUCUGCUUUGCCGCCAUGGCUGCGAAGCAAGGCAUGGCAAUCGCUGGUCAGCGUUGCAUCUGGCAACCCCGACACCUGGCCGUCAAAUAACUUCAUCACUUUCCACAUACGCCUGGCAAAGAGAUGGAUUGCUUCUCUCGGGGGACUCGCCGCGUUUGGGUUUGAGGGAUACCUCCCAACAGCAUUGAACAGGAUCGGCCACCCUCGAGAGGCGGCGGCUUCAAGCUUGCUCCUUGCGCUGCACCUGCUAGUCGAGGAGCAAAAGCUCAACAUUCUGUCGCCAGAGGAUGUAUCUCCAGGUCUUAGCGACCUGAAAGCGAUCCUCUGCCAACUCUUCCGUUGGGUCGGAUGGAUGCGGUACGAGGCUACGUAUGCGCUUGGCGGCCAGGCCGAUCCAAUAAAUUCCCCUUCCCUGGCCUCAUUCGCCGGUGCAGGUCUCGCCGAGCCCGCAUCGGACUACUGCGUCUUGACUUGGAUACAGCGACACCUCGCAGGGAGCGGCGGAUCUGAGUUCCCGACGUUGUCUAGCCUAUAUACGACGGCGACCGGCGAUCCUCUGAGUGGGCGGUUGCGGCGGCAGCUAUGGGCCAGUCUCACGCCUCGCACCGUGAUGUUUGAGAAGUUCUUUUCCCGUCUCGGUCCGUCGACCAACCAUUAUGAAGCAGUAGUGGCCAUGCACGAGUGUGGCUUCACCCCUCAGGUGCUCGAGUCUUUACCGGAAGCCGUUCUCACGCCUUUGCAAGACGCCAUCUCGAUUUGCCAGCCAAGCCCUCCACCAUCGUGGCCGAAGGGUCUGCUUACGCUCGUCGGUCGCACGGACAUGAGCGGCGUGCUGCAGCCGCAUAAGACAGGGCGGGCCCUGGCUUCAGCGGUCAGCGCACCUUCGCAUGAUGCCAAGUGGGAUUUCCGCAUGUUGAGCCAGCACCUCGACGGGUUCAACGACCAUGUUGAGGAGACAGGCGCAGCAGAGCGCCAGGCUGUCGUGCGUUCCAUCUUCAAAGAGGACAGGAGGCUGAAUGAGGCCCAAGCGCUGCUUUCAACCGUCAAGAACCGCAUCGUGCGGCUAGAACCCAAGCCGGAGUGGACGGAGGCCGAAUACCUGGAGCGGCAAAAAGAGCUGGUCACGACGGUAGCCACCAGUACGUUGGCCAUCCCUGCGGGGCGAGGCCUUUUGUACUUUGGUCUCCGGUACCCGCUCCUUACCCAGAAGUACCACAUUGCCGGCUUCAACCUGACAUGCCUCGUCAAACCCGUCAACAACAUGGUGAGCGUUGACAAGAGCCAGUUCCCCGAGGAGAAGAUGACCUGGGCGUUCUUCCACCAGGGAGUUGCUGGCGGGCUAGCCAUAUCGCCGCAGGCCAAGGGGAUCGACACCUCAUGGAUCCUGUAUAAUAAACCGGGACAGGACCUGAGCAACCGCCACGCCGGGUUUCUGUUGGCCCUCGGGCUGAAUGGUCACCUCAAGUCGGUCGCUAAAUGGGUGGCCUUUAAGUACCUGACGCCCAAGCAUACCAUGACCACCAUCGGCCUGCUUCUGGGCUUGGCAGCGUCUUACCUCGGCACCAUGGACGCGCUCAUGACCCGCCUCCUGUCCGUCCACGUCACUCGGAUGUUGCCUCGAGGUGCGGCCGACCUCAACCUGUCGACGGCCACCCAGACCGCCGGGGUCAUGGGCAUCGGAUUGCUUUACUGCAACAGCCAGCACCGCCGCAUGAGUGAGAUCAUGCUGUCCGAAAUCGAACAUGUCGGCGAUGAAGAGGAGGAGGAAGAGUGCGUCCGCGACGAAAGUUAUCGUCUCGCGGCGGGAUUUGCCCUGGGUUUCAUCAACCUUGGCAAGGGGAACGACCUCAGGGGCUUGCGAGAUAUGCAUCUGACUGAAAAGCUGCUCACCAUGGCGACGGCCACCAAAAGAGUCGAUCUUGUGCACGUUCUCGACUGGUCGGCAGCCGGCGCCGUGGUAGCGAUAGCACUCAUCUACAUGAAGUCUGAGGACCACGUCGUGGCGCGCAAGAUCGACGUACCGGAUACGGUCUUGCAGUUCGAUUACGUCCGACCAGAUAUUCUGCUCUUGCGGACGGUGGCGAAGAACCUUAUCCUGUGGAACGAGGUCGACGCGACCUUUGAGUGGAUCAGAGACGGCCUUCCGCCCGAGUACAGAACGCGGUUCCAGCUCACAAGUAUCGCUUCACUGCAGAGCAAGGACCUUCCUUUCUUCUCUAUCACUGCCGGCCUCUGCUUCGCACUCGGCUUGCGAUUCGCCGGAUCCGCCAACGUGAGAGUCCGCGACUUGCUCAUUCACUACCUGGACGAGUUCAUGCGCAUUGUCCGGAUCCCCGUGAGCAACUUCGACAGCGAACUGGCUCGAAGCAAUGCGACCAUGUGCAUGAAUCUGGUCGCGUUGUCUUGCGCCACGGUUAUGGCUGGGACCGGGGAUAUCCCCGUGCUCCGACGGCUCCGUGCUCUUCACGGCAGAGACGAUGCAAACACCACAUACGGCAGCCACCUGGCCGCCCACCUUGCCAUCGGCGCGCUGUUCCUCGGCUGCGGGACCGCCACUUUCGGCACGAACGAUCUCGCCAUCGCCGCUCUGCUGCUUGCCUUCUACCCCUUGUUCCCGGCUAACGUCCAGGACAACCGCUCGCAUCUGCAAGCCUUCAUACACUUCUGGGUCCUAGCAACCGAGUCCCGCUGUCUGGUCGCCAAGGACCUCGCGACCGGCCAGCCGCUCAACGUCCCCAUCCUCGUCCACCUGAAGCCCGGCUGCGCAUCGGCCGUCGCAGCGGCCUCGCAGACAGGCUCCGACCCGUCUGACCCCGAAGCCAUCACUCUCCGCCGGCAGACUCCCUGCCUCCUCCCGCCGCUUGAUGAUAUCUCCCGGGUCGUCACCGACGCCCGCUCUCUGGGUUACUGGGACCUCACACUCGACUUUGCCCACUCGCCGCAGCUGGCCCACGACUUCCGCAAGAACCAGACGGUCUACCUCCGCCGCCGGCCCGCGCAUGAGAGCACCUUCCCCGCAACGCUGCGCGCCCUCGGCGCCAACAACACCAACAACCUCGCCAUCAACAGCGACGUGGGCGCGUCCGUGCUCGAGACUGGUGCGGCUGACCAACGCGCCACCGAGCCGCUGGAGUGGGUGUUCGGGACGGAUGCGCUGCGGAACCUGACGCGCGCCGAGCGCGCCGUCGUGCUCGACCGGCUGGGGUCGGGCGACGGCAGCGUGGGCGAGGGCGAGGGCGCCAGCACGGCGGUCGAUGCGCGGCUGGUGCUGCGCGCCGGCCUGGACGCGGCCUGCUGGUCGCGGGACCGGCUGCUCGGCCUGCGGCUGCUGUUCGAGUGGGCCGAGCGCAGGGGCGUGUUUGCCGGGGAAAGGGGCGGUCGGGUGGCGGCGGUGGAGGGUGGCGCUGCUGCUGCUUCUACUGCUACUGCUGCUAGCAGUAGAAGCAAGCGCGGGAAGAAGACCGGCGCCGCGGCGAAGGGCAAGAAAAAGGUUGCCGUGGGGCCUUCGCUCCAGGACCUGGGAGGCGAGUCAGAGAUGGGGCCGCCGGCGGGCGAUAGCGUGAUGGAAGGGGCGGAGCCUUGCUGGUGGCUGCGGGACAGCGCGAUUGAGGAGCUGAAGGGGAGGGUGUGGCUUGCUGGCCGCGAAGAGUGAGAGUCAGUGGUUGGGGCGUGUUGAGGUAUCUGAUACGGAAGACGUUCGCCAAAUAGAGAGGUAUAGCUUCUGACGCUCUGCAGCCCAUGCGAUAUAGAAUGAUGUGUUUUGUUCAUCCGCCAGUCCCUCGAAUGACAGUUCUGCGGUCGUCAUGUCCGAUAUCAUUGUUGUCAUUUUAGGUGUAACUCCUAGGUGGCUCACGACUUCUUUUUGAAGCGUUUGGCCAGGAUCUCAGCCAGAUACCAACUGCUGCCAGUGCUGG